AUGAAAACUCUUCGAAAUAAUCUCGAUUGUUUGGAAGAACUAGCCACCUUGUUGGAUUGUGAAACACCAGGAAUGAAAAACUGGCUGCAUUUUGCUUGGAAGCUUGGUGUUUCCAAGGAAGACUGUGACAAUUUAAAGCCAAAAGGAAACCCAAGUCCGACCAGAACUUUAAUGGAACACAUCGUUCAAGUUGAUCCAGACCUCACAGUCAAGACGUUUAUUGAGGCGCUGAAAAGGAUGCAAAGGACAGACGUCGUAAAUACCUUGAGAAAGUUAAUGCUGGGUAAUUCAUAUUUUCAUUAUCUAAAGUUAUCAUGUGUUGGCUAGAGAACCUUUUUUCGUAAUCUGGAUUUUAUGUUGUAUUUAGGUUAUCCUUAAGUCGGGAACUGAACUUUUCCCCUUUUUUUAUCUGACUCCUUUCCUCAGUUACAUGUGCGGGUGAUUUGGGGGUGCUUAUCAUGUGACAGAAAAACCCGGUUAGGCUGUCCAAAGCAUUGCGUUAAGCGAUUUACCAGUUUUUAGCUUAAUUGUCCCUUCUGUUACGAAUGAAAUCCAAAAAGGCGUGAAUUUGUGUAACGUCUGGAAGUCUGGAACCGAGAAAUUGAAAAACGGUAAUUAGUCAAAAUUUUAUUUUUUUUGGUUAAUGGUAAGCACCCUAGCACUGAAUUACUUUUCCGAAGAAGACGUUACACGCACCUCGAUUUUAUCUAAAGGUCAUUGUGGCUUCUCAACUGCAGAAAAGACAAAGAUACAGACCCACUGAAUAUGGCCUUUGUUGGGUCUCUUGCCUGUUCGAGACCGUAGACGCACUACUUCUUUUUACCGUUUCCCCCUUGUUUUUUCUUAGCUGUUGUUUUUGUAGUGCUUUUUGCCUUUUGAUUGGUUAUUAUUUGUAGAUUGUGAUGGAAGAAACAUCAGCACCGACGAUGAAGCAUUUAAGACUUUAUAA